UGGUCUCCUCGUCACUUCCCCUGAGCUGGCGAUCCCAGCGGAUCUCCAAGCGAACUCACUGAUCCUCAAAGCCAGGAUAUGACCCCAGGAGCGCUGUUGCUGCUGCUGGGGGUGCUGGGGGCCCCGCUCGCCCCAGGGGCCCGUGGCUCGGAAGCCGAGGGCCGACUCCGUGAUAAACUUUUCUCAACGAGAAAGAUGAAGAGUUGAGCACAAAGGUGUACUUAGACCUGGAGUGGACUGACUACAGGCUGAGCUGGGACCCCGCCGAGCACGAUGGCAUCGACUCGCUCCGCAUCACGACUGAAUUCGUGUGGCUGCCUGACGUGGUUCUGCUGAACAACAAUGACGGAAAUUUCGACGUCGCUCUGGACAUUAACGUCGUGGUGUCCUCUGACGGUUCCGUGCGCUGGCAGCCCCCGGGCAUCUAUCGGAGCAGCUGCAGCAUUCAGGUCACGUACUUCCCCUUUGACUGGCAGAACUGCACCAUGGUGUUCAGUUCUUACAGCUAUGACAGCUCUGAGGUCAGCCUGCAGACAAGCCCAGGUCCUGAAGGGCAGGAGCACCAGGAGGUCCACAUUCACGAAGGGACCUUCAUUGAGAAUGGCCAAUGGGAGAUUAUCCACAAGCCCUCUCGGCUAAUCCAGCCUCCUGGGGACCCUAGGGGAGGAAGGGAAGGACAGCGCCAGGAAGUCACCUUCUACCUCAUCAUCCGCCGGAAACCUCUCUUCUACCUGGUCAACGUCAUUGCCCCUUGCAUCCUCAUCACUCUCCUAGCCAUCUUUGUCUUCUACCUGCCGCCGGAUGCAGGAGAGAAGAUGGGACUCUCCAUCUUUGCCCUGCUGACUCUCACUGUGUUCCUGCUGCUACUGGCAGAUAAAGUGCCUGAGACCUCUCUGUCCGUCCCCAUCAUUAUCAAAUACCUCAUGUUUACCAUGGUCCUCGUCACCUUCUCGGUCAUCCUUAGUGUUGUGGUCCUCAACCUGCACCACCGCUCACCCCAUACCCACCAAAUGCCCCUGUGGGUUCGUCAGAUUUUCAUCCAUAAGCUUCCCCGGUGCCUGGGUCUGAAGAGACCCAAACCUGAGAGAGACCAGAUGCCAGAGCCUCUUCACUCUUCUUCUACAGGAAGUGGCUGGGGUCGUGGAACAGAUGAAUAUUUCAUCCGGAAGCCGCCAAAUGAUUUUCUCUUCCCCAAACCCAACAGGUUCCAACCUGAAUCGCCUGCCUCGGACCUGCGGCGAUUUAUCGAUGGUCCCAACCGGGCUGCGGGUCUGCCUCCCGAGCUACGGGAGGUGGUUUCCUCCAUCAGUUACAUCGCUCAACAGCUGCAGGAACAGGAGGACUACGACGCGCUGAAGGAGGACUGGCAGUUUGUGGCCAUGGUAGUGGACCGCCUCUUCCUGUGGACCUUCAUCAUCUUCACCAGCGUGGGGACCCUCGUCAUCUUCCUGGACGCCACUUACCACUUGCCCCCUGCCGACCCUUUUCCUUGAGGUGUGGAGGGCUGAGACCCAGAUCCUCGGCCAGUUGAACUCAGAGUUCAGCAAUACUCUCACUCAAGGCCUGUCCUCCUCUGCCUCUUCACUCUCACUGGGAAUCCAGCCAUCUUAUUUCAUGUCUGGGGAGGGUGCUGAGGUGGAACUGAGGACUGGGUAGUUGGGUGUCUUGGACCCACCUGAAAUGCACUUUCAGCUUAUUUACUCUUUGGGUUCUUGAAGAAGCUCCUUUGGAUAGCAGCAUCUUGUCCCCAGUGAAAUAGAACAAAGAAUUAGAUUGUAAGCCUUGUGAGGGUAAGAAAUGUGUUCACUGUAAUAGCGUAAGCAUCUCACAUAGGUCCUUACCUCUAGGAAGUGUUCAGCAUUGUUAAAUGAGUAGGGAGAACAUGUGGAAGGAAAUACACCAAUUAACUGUGCUUAUGUUUGCAUGUUGGGAUUAGUGGUCGUUUCUUCUGUUUUUACUUUCCUGUAACUUACUAUGUUUUGUAAUGAGUGGCAUCUUUAGGAUUAAACAAACAAAAAAGUUA